GGCUAUUGUCCCGACCUCUUCAGCACAGCUUAGCAAACCGGUGAAGUCACUCCUACAGUGUCCUGUCUACAGUGGGAAGGUGGGCUUACACUCAUAUCUCACUAACUGUUGGACUGUGCUGGACAUAAAAAAACUGUACCUCUGUUGAAACUCUAUCAUCCAGGACUGUUCACCAGCAACCAGUAUGAGUAUGGAACUCGAACUGAAGAAUGUGGAUUUGAGAGCCGGAGAUGAGCUGAAAAUAAAAGGGGUAAUUCUGCAUGAUGCAGAGAGAUUCCAGAUCGAUCUCGGCUGUGAUGCAGAUGACCUGGCACUGCACUUCAAUCCUCGGUUCCAUGAUGACACUGAUGGUGCUGUGCUGGUGUGCAACUCAAAGAUUGCUGGUUGCUGGGGCGAUGAAAAACGGGAAAUUCACAACCCCCUACAGAGGGGUGCUGAUGUCAAGAUUGUGUUGAAACUGGCUGAAGACACAUUUGAGGUGGAACUUCCUGAUGGACAGGAAGUCCAGUUUCCAAAUCGUGUUGGUAUGGGUACCAUCAGCUACAUCAGAGUCACAGGAGACUUUAAACUGAAAUCCUUCAAGAUCUGCUAAGAGAUACAACUAUAGUAAACAGAUGCUGUGUUUAACACUUCAGUUACAGAUGAAGUCUGAAUGUCUGAAUGUUAUUCUUACAAUAAGAGUCAGUUAUUGACUGAAGAAUCAUUAAGAGAUAAAGAGAAAUUAAUACAUUUAAGUGAAUUAAAAUGUCCUGUUGUGCAAAAUGAUAUAAAAUGUUUACAGUCAAA